CUCAUCAAAUUAUAGACAAAGAAGUCCUCAAAGAAGAUUAAGAAGGCGGUUUUUGAAACAAUGGAUAAUUCCAAACGUCAUAGAAAGUUAAACUUAAACGCACCAAUCAUGUCAACAAGACGCAUUGGUUCUGGUGCUGCAGACACAUCAAGUUCAUUAGGUAAAGUUCAAAACACAAGCCAAAGAGUUCCGUUUUCAUGGGAGAAAGAGCCUGGAAAACCAAAAGAUUUGGAGAUGAAUGGUUUAGAAUUACCACCCUCCUGUCAUUGUUGCUUUCUGCGGAAAGAACAGUGUUGUCUCAGUUACUUUCCGCGGAAAGAACUAGACGAUCAAUCUUAUAUCGGUUAUUGUUGUGAUGAAGAAGACGACGUGUUUUCUUUAUCAGAAGCAUUAGAUAUUGUUCAAAGAAAAUCUGAGUGUGACAACAAUAAUGGAUUGAAAUUAAAGCUUGCAGAGUGUAAUGGUUACCAAUCUCCUACUUACUUGAUCAACCGUUUUCUUCCUGAUGCUACGGCGUUAGCGGCUUCAUCAGUAUUACAUUUUACUAAUAAUUUUAAGGAGAAAGUUUGUGAUAGUUCAUAUGCUUAUGGUUCUUCUUCUUCACCAAAGGGUUGUGGUCUUGAAGAUUUUUUGCCUCGACUAACUAUGAAGCAUAAUCAACAAAAUUUUAAACAAAAGAAAUAUCGUUCUUCGGUAUAUAUUCCUUGCACGAAUGUGGAGAAAGAUGUUUUAUGAGUCGAUUUAGUUUCUUUUUCUUUUUGGUCUAGAUCGUUGAUAUGAUUGGUGUUGAUUCAGAUGAAUUUAGAGGAUGUUAAAAUUCUUUUGAUGUCAUUUUAUUUAUUUAUUCAUAAGA